AUGGCUGCUACUCCCUCGCCUGAUUUGCAAGCAUCCUAUCCAUCUCGAACACAGCUGCCGAUCUAUGACAAACCUUGCCAGGAAAUCAUACUCGUCAAAACUGAACUUCCCCUCCAGCCCCAAGUUCGUUGGGCCCGACAGAAUAUCCAAUCUUUCAAAAAGGAUCUCGAGAACCGAUUCAAUUUUGUCUUAGGUCAUGGAAUGAAUAUAGAGAAAAAGGUCGCCGGAACUCUGGGUAGCCUCAUCGACCAAAAAGAAUCCACCUCGUCUUCAGUACUCUGUGUCGGAAUCGGGACAAUGACGGGAUCGAUUCUUGCUCGAAACCGAGCGUUCCCUCUAAGGUUUCUCUCACCGCUCGCAUUCUUUAUCCUCUCAUCCAACCAAUUCUUACCCUCAACAACCCACAACUUCAAGUCAUACCUCUUCAAGCUUCAAGAUCACCAUUUCCCCCAAUCUGCUGCAGCCCGUGACGAGGUGAUCAAACGAGGCGUGGAAGGUGUGGAAUGGCUGACUGAGUUGAAACACCGCAUGUUUCUGAAGACGGCCGAGGUGGUCAAGGAUGGCAGCCAGGUCUUUGAGAAGUAUAGUGGCUUGAAUAUCUCCCAUGGCUCAUCAGCGGGAAAAACUAAAACCGAAUAA